UAAAGUUAUUCUACAUAUAUAAAAUGACGGUAUGCCGUUGUAGAUUUAUUGUAAAGACGUCAAAUGUCCAUUAGAUAAAUAUUUUUUACAAUAUAAAUAUAUUAUUAUAAUAUAAAUAUGGAGGCAAGUACAAGUGGUGGCACACGUGCGACUCGUUUUAUGAUGGAAGGUGUCGGUGCAAGAGUUAUACGAGGUCCUGAAUGGAAAUGGGGCAAGCAGGAUGGUGGAGAAGGACAUGUAGGAACAGUCCGAAACUUUGAAUCACCUGAGGAAGUUGUCGUUGUGUGGGACAAUGGGACAGCUGCUAAUUAUCGAUGCUCAGGAGCAUUUGAUCUGAGGAUAUUGGACUCUGCGACAACUGGUGUCAAACAUGACGGUACCAUGUGCGAUACUUGUAGACAGCAGCCUAUUUUUGGUAUCAGAUGGAAGUGCGCUGAAUGUGGCAACUAUGAUUUGUGCUCAAUUUGUUAUCAUGGUGAUAAACAUCAUUUGAGGCAUAGAUUUUAUCGAAUCACUACUCCGGGUAGUGAGCGAGUUCUUUUGGAGCCAAGAAGAAAAAGUAAAAAGAUCGCUAUUAGAGGAAUAUUCCCUGGUGCCAGAGUCGUACGAGGUGUUGAUUGGCAAUGGGAAGAUCAAGAUGGCGGAAAUGGUAGACGAGGUAAAGUUAAUGAGAUACAAGAUUGGUCGGCUGCUAGUCCUAGAUCUGCUGCAUAUGUAAUUUGGGAUAAUGGAGCUAAAAAUUUGUACAGAGUCGGCUUUGAAGGAAUGGCUGAUCUUAAAGUAGUAAAUGAUGCGAAAGGACAAACGGUUUAUCGAGAUCAUUUGCCAUUGUUGGGUGAACAAGGCCCUGGGCGACCUGGACCACACGGAUUACAAAUUGGUGAUCAAGUUAAUGUAGACCUGGAAUUAGAAAUAGUGCAGUCACUGCAGCAUGGGCAUGGUAGCUGGACCGAUGGGAUGUUCGAGUGCCUUGGAACAACGGGCACUGUUGUAAGCAUCGACGAAGAUCACGAUAUCGUUGUGUCUUAUCCGAGCGGUAAUCGAUGGACAUUUAAUCCUGCUGUACUAUCUAAAGUUCAAACCCCAGUAUCCGCUGGUACAAGUGCUGCUGCUGAUAAUCAAGCGUUUGCUGUCGGUGAUUUAGUCCAGAUUUGUAAUGAUCUGGAAAAAAUUAAAUUGCUACAACGUGGGCAUGGAGAGUGGGCAGAAGCUAUGGCUCCAACUCUUGGAAAAAUUGGGCGAGUUCAGCAAAUAUAUCAUGACGGUGAUUUAAAAGUUGAAGUAUGUUGUACUUCAUGGACGUAUAAUCCUCAGGCGGUUGUUAAAGUUGCCAGUAGCGAUAGAAGUAUGCCUGGAAAUAAUAGCGGAGAACGACUGUCAGCUUUAUUGAAAAAAUUAUUCGAGACCCAUGUGUCGGGUGAUGUGAACGAAGAACUCGUUAAAUCAGCUGCCAACGGAGACGCUGUACAGUGUGAAGAAUGUCUUAAACGUUUAGAUGCCGAUGUCAAUGGAGUAUUUUCGGGCCACACGGCAUUACAAGCUGCCAGUCAUAAUGGCCAUCUAGAUGUUAUUAAAAUACUUUUGCGGUACAAGGCCGAUGUUGAAAUUGAGGAUAAAGAUGGUGACCGUGCAGUUCAUCAUGCAGCAUUUGGAGAUGAGCCUGGCGUUAUGGCGCUGGUAGCUGGAGCUGGAGCUGAUUUGAAUGCCCGGAAUAAACGACGUCAAACCGCACUUCAUAUCGCUGUCAAUAAAGGCCACGCAGGUGUUGUACGAACUUUAUUGGAAUUGGGUUGCCAUCCAAGCCUCCAGGAUGCUGAAGGAGACACUCCACUUCAUGAUGCCAUUUCCAAGAAAAGAGAUGACAUGCUAACGCUGUUAUUGGACCAUGCAGCAGACAUUACUCGUACUAACAAUACCGGUUUUAAUGCUUUACAUCAUGCCGCUCUCCGUGGAAACCCAAGUGCAAUGCGGAUUCUCCUUUCAAAACUUCCUAGGCCGUGGAUAGUUGAUGAAAAAAAGGACGACGGGUAUACGGCCCUUCAUCUUGCUGCCCUCAAUAACCACGUUGAAGUCGCCGAAUUAUUGGCUCGAGUUGGCAAAGCUGACCUGGAUCUUCAGAAUGUCAAUUUGCAGACUGCGCUACAUCUUGCCGUGGAACGUCAGCAUACUCAAAUCGUUCGAUUGCUGGUACGAGAGGGUGCAAAUGUGAAUGUCGCUGAUAAGGACGGCGAUACACCUCUUCACGAAGCACUACGUCAUCAUACGCUAUCACAGCUACGGCAAUUGCAAGACGUCAGGGAUGUAGGACGACUAUUAAUGGGUCUGGGUUCACAAGGACAAGAUAAGAAGAGCAGCUCUUUUAUCGCUUGUUUUCUAGCAGCUCAUGGCGCUGAUCUUGAGUUGAAAAACAAAAAGGGACAAACUCCACUCGAUCUUUGUCCUGAUCCGAAUCUUUGCAAGACUCUUACAAAUUGUCACAAAAACAAGGAGUCACAUGAUAUUGAGACGACUACACACGCACAGACUAUUGAUGAGUGUCUAGUAUGUUCUGAUGCCAAACGAGAAAUGUUAUUUAAUCCUUGCGGUCAUGUUGCUUGUUGCAAUGUAUGUGCACCCAGGGUUAAAAAAUGUUUAAUUUGCCGUGAAAAUGUUGUGUCACGAGUUAAAAUUGAAGAAUGCGUGGUUUGUUCGGAUCGCAAAGCUGGUAUUCUAUUCCGUCCAUGCGGUCAUAUGUGUGCAUGUGAAAGCUGUGCAACACUGAUGAAGAAAUGUGUCCAGUGUCGUGCUCAAAUUCAACACAUGGUACCAUUGUCCAUCUGCUGCGGUGGAGGAGGUGAUAUUUCUUAUAUUAAGGGACACAAUGCCUCAGGUACGAUAUCGGAAGUUAAAUCUGACGUUGAGGAUGAAUCCGUGCUGCUGAAUACUAAUAAUACUAACACAGAAGCUGUAUUAAUGAAUAACGGUAGUCGAGAUACAUCCCAUAGUGAUAUACAAAAAUUACAACAGCAAUUACAGGAUAUUAAAGAACAGACAAUGUGUCCAGUAUGUUUAGACCGAUUAAAGAAUAUGAUAUUUUUAUGUGGCCAUGGAACAUGUCAAAUGUGCGGCGAUCGUAUGUCCGAAUGCCCGAUAUGUCGCAAAGCCGUUGACAAACGAAUUCUUCUUUAUUAAAAUAAAAAAAAAAAAGCUUAUUAAUUAAAGCGACGACAACGAUAAUAACUAAUAUCUAAGAAUAAUGUUAAUUUAUUGAUUAACUAUUAACUAAUCACUACAACUAAUAACUAGUUAAUUAAUUAAAAAAAAAAGACUGUGACUGCGUAUAGUUUGCUCGGGAAGCCGCGUUCACUACGCACAGAUAUUAAGUCGUUUAUUUUUUUUUUAAGGGCAUUCUCAGACAAUGCCCUAGACUUUUUAAAAAUUUUAAUGACAACUGUCAUGACCGUAAUUAAAGUUUUAUUAAUUAAUUAAUAAAAAUUGAAAAAAAGACAUAAUCUUGAAGUUAACAGACGAUACAAAAUUUUCUAAUUUUUUUUUUUU